CGCACUCCCGCCCAGAUUCUUGGGGGGGGGGGGGUCCUUACUUCUUCCAGCCUGGGCUGGAACCCUGGACCUCGCACUCAAGGGGCGUCCUGGGUUGCUCCGCCAUGCGUUGGGGACUGCGCCCUCGAGGGCCGGGGGCUGCGGCUCUGGCCUCAGCCCGGAGCUUCUGGGGACCGCCCCGCCUUCCCUGUCGCCUAGGGUGGCUAGGGGAGACGAGGAGGCUUCUAGUGCGGUCUGUCACCGGGGCCAGUAACGAGCUGACCAACCCGAAUAGCGGCAAGUACCGCGACACGGUGCUGCUGCCUCAGACCAACUUCCCCAUGAAGCUGCUGGGCCGCCAGCAGCCGGACAUGGAGCUGGAGAUCCAGCAGAAAUGUGGGUUUUCCGAACUUUAUUCAUGGCAAAAAGAAAGAAAAACAAAGACAGAAUUUUGUCUUCAUGAUGGACCUCCUUAUGCAAAUGGUGAUCCUCAUGUUGGACAUGCUUUAAAUAAGAUUUUAAAAGACAUAGCCAAUAGAUACCAUAUGAUGAGAGGUUCCAAAAUACAUUUUGUGCCUGGCUGGGAUUGUCACGGGUUGCCCAUUGAAAUAAAAGUGUUAUCAGAACUUGGUGGGAAAGCUCAGAAUCUUUCAGCCAUGGAAAUUAGAGAAAAAGCUAGGUCAUUUGCGAAAGCAGCCAUUGAGAAACAGAAAUCAGCAUUUAUUCGUUGGGGAAUAAUGGCAGAUUGGGAUAAUUGCUACUAUACAUUUGAUAAAAACUAUGAGGCCAAACAGUUGAGAAUUUUUUACCAAAUGUAUGAUAAGGGUUUGGUUUAUCGCUCUUACAAACCUGUGUUUUGGUCUCCCUCAUCAAGGACUGCUUUGGCUGAAGCAGAACUUGAAUAUAAUCCUGAGCACGUCAGUCGUUCAAUAUAUGUAAAAUUCCCUCUCUUGAAACCACCUCCUAAAUUGGCAUCUCUUAUAAGUGAUUCAUCUCCUGUUAGUUUUUUAGUCUGGACCACCCAGCCUUGGACAAUUCCAGCCAAUCAGGCUAUUUGCUAUAUGCCAGAGUCAAAGUAUGCUGUUGUGAAAUGUUCCACUUCUGGAGACCUCUACAUACUGGCUGCAGAUAAAGUAUCAUCUGUUGCUUCUACUUUGGAAACAACAUUUGAGGUUAUUUCAACAUUUUCAGGUGCAGAUUUGAAAAAUGGUACUUGUAGUCAUCCUUUAAUUCCUGAUAAAGUCUCUCCUCUUUUACCUGCAACUCAUGUGACCAUGGCAAAAGGAACAGGAUUGGUUCACACAGCCCCAGCUCAUGGUAUGGAAGAUUAUAGUGUCRCCUCUCAGCACAACCUGCCAAUGGAUUGUUUGGUGGACGAAGGUGGGAUUUUCACAGCCGAAGCAGGUCCUGAACUUCACAAGAAAGCUGUCCUUGAAGAGGGAACUGAUGUGGUCAUAAAGCUGCUUAAAACUUCAAAGAAUUUGUUGAAAGAGGAAAAACUGAUACACAGCUAUCCCUAUGACUGGAGGACUAAGAAACCAGUGGUUAUUCGUGCCAGCAAACAGUGGUUUAUAAAUAUCACAGAUCUAAAGACUACAGCCAAGGAAUUGUUAAAGACAGUGAAGUUUAUUCCAGGAGCAACACUGAAUGCCAUGGUUGACAUGAUGGACAGGCGUCCGUAUUGGUGUAUAUCCAGGCAAAGAGUUUGGGGAGUUCCAAUUCCUGUAUUUCAUCAUAAAACAAAAGAUGAAUACUUGAUCAACAGCCAAACCAUUGAACAUAUUAUUAAACUAGUGGAACAACAUGGCAGUGAUAUCUGGUGGACUCUUCCCCCUGAGCAACUUCUUCCAAAACAAGUCUUAUCUCAGGUUGGUGGUCCUGAUGCUUUGGAAUAUGUACCAGGUCAGGAUAUUUUGGACAUCUGGUUUGACAGCGGAACUUCAUGGUCUUAUGUUCUUCCAGGUACCAACCAAAGAGCAGAUUUGUACAUGGAAGGAAAAGACCAGCUCGGGGGUUGGUUCCAAUCUUCCUUAUUAACAAGUGUGGCAGCAAGGAAAAAAGUGCCUUUCAAGUCAGUGGUUGUUCAUGGAUUUACCCUUGGAGAAAAGGGAGAAAAGAUGUCCAAGUCUCUUGGGAAUGUUAUUGAUCCUGAUGUUGUCAUCAAUGGAGGACAAGAUCAAAGCAAAGAGCCUCCCUAUGGUGCUGAUGUUCUUCGCUGGUGGGUGGCUGAGUCCAAUGUCUUCACUGAAGUGACAAUUGGUCCAUCUGCUCUCAAUGCUGCUAGAGAUGAUAUUAACAAGCUUAGGAAUACACUUCGCUUUCUUUUGGGAAACGUGGCUGGCUUCAACCCCAAAACGGAUUCUGUCCCUGUCAACCAAAUGUAUGUCAUAGACCAGUAUAUGCUGCAUUUACUGCAGGAUUUAGCAAGCAAGAUUAACGACUCAUACAAACAAUAUGAUUUUGGAAAAGUUGUUCGACUAUUAAAAGCAUUUUAUACUAGAGAACUCUCCAACUUUUAUUUCAGUAUAAUCAAGGAGAGGCUUUAUUGUGAAAAUGAAAACGAUCCCAAACGACGCUCUUGUCAGACUGUAUUAGAUGAAAUUCUGGAUGUGAUGGUUCGUUCUUUUGCUCCUAUUCUUCCUCACUUGGCUGAAGAGGUCUUCCAGCACAUACCAUACCUUAAAGAACCCAGGAGUGUUUUUCGCACAGGAUGGAUCAGCACAAGCUCUAUCUGGAAGAAGCCUGGGCUGGUAGAGGCAGUGGAGAGCGCCUGUGCAAUGAGAGAUUCAUUUCUUGGAAGCAUCCCUGGCAAAAAUCCUGCCGAGUAUGAGGUUAUCAUUGUGAUAGAGCCAGGCCUGCUUUUUGAAAUAAUAGAGAUGCUGCAAGCUGAGGAGACCUCCAGUACCUCUCAGUUGAAUGAGCUAAUGAUGGCUUCCCAGUCAACUUUACUGGCUCAGGAACCACGAGAGAGAACUGCAGAUGUAAUUGAGCUUAAAGGGACAUUCCUAAUCAAUUUAGAAGGUGGUGAUAUCCGGGAAGAGUCUUCAUAUAAAGUAAUUGUCAUGCCAACUACCAAAGAAAAGUGUCCUCGUUGUUGGAAGUACACAGCAGAAUCUUCUGAUACACUCUGUCCCCGAUGUGCAGAAGUUGUUGGUGGAAAGUAGUGCUGUGACAUCACUAGCUGAGCAAGAAUCCUUAUGAUAGUACUGAGAGUUUACAUGAAUUAUUUACAAUACUGCAAAGAAAUCUGAGGAGUAAAUGGUGAAGGAUGAGUGUCAAAAUCAGAAUUGUGAAUAGUAUUUCCUGUAACUAAAGAAUAAURUAUAUAUACAUGUGGAAAUACAAUUGCAUAUAUUGCAUAUAUUUGUACACACAUAUACAUAAUGGACUUACACUUGCCUUCAAACAUGGCUGAGCAGAAUGUUUUAUAUUUUAUGAAAAUCUUUUUGACUCGGUAUUUAAGUUCUAUGAUGUCUGAAAAUAAAGGCAUUCUGGAAAACUA